AUGGCGCCAUUUGAAGCUUUAUAUGGAAGAAAAUGUAAGACUCCAUUGCAUUGGUUAGAAUUGAAUGAAUCCAAGUUAGUGGGGGUCGAUUUAAUUCGAGAAACUGAAGAAAAGGUUCAGAUUAUCCGAGAUUGUCUGAAAGCUGCUUCAGAUCGUCAGAAAUCAUAUGCUGACUUGAAAAGAAGAGAAAUAGAGUUUAAUGUGGGUGAUCAAGUGUUCUUAAAGGUGUCGCCGUGGAAAAAAGUAUUACGAUUUGGCAGAAAAGGAAAACUAAGUCUAAGAUUUAUUGGACCAUACAAGAUUAUUGAAAGAGUCGGCCCUGUAGCAUAUCGGGAGAACUCUUUGGUUGGCAUGUAUGAUGACAUUACUCUCACUUUUGAUGCUUCUUAUUGUACUGAUUGGUUAGAUUUUGCUAUGCGUAAAUUGGACAGGACUGCCAUAGCUAAUUUUUGCAUGUUUUUGUGGGAGCUUUUGAUUGUGUGGAAUAAUGAGGCUUUGAACAAGCGUCUUACUUCCCCUCCCUAA